CAUGUUCAACACCGGCAUCGGCCAGCACAUCCUGAAGAAUCCCCUGGUCGUCAAUAGUAUCAUUGAGAAGGCUGCUCUCAGGCCGACAGACGUGGUUCUGGAGGUGGGACCCGGUACUGGAAACAUGACGGUGAAACUGCUGGAGAAAGCUAAGAAGGUGGUGGCCUGUGAGUUGGACGGCAGACUGGUGGCUGAGCUUCAGAAAAGAGUACAGUGCACGCCCAUGCAGACCAAGCUUCAAAUAUUAGUUGGAGAUGUAUUAAAAACAGAUCUGCCUUUCUUCGACGUCUGUGUGGCUAAUUUACCUUACCAGAUUUCAUCACCGUUUGUCUUCAAGCUCCUGCUUCACCGACCUUUCUUCAGGUGUGCCGUGUUGAUGUUCCAGAGAGAGUUUGCCAUGCGACUGGUCGCCGCACCUGGAGAGAAGCUGUACUGCCGCCUGUCCAUCAACACACAGCUCCUGGCUCGUGUCGACCACCUCAUGAAGGUGGGGAAGAAUAAUUUCCGUCCUCCUCCAAAAGUGGAGUCUAGUGUCGUCAGGAUAGAACCGAAAAAUCCUCCCCCUCCAGUUAACUUCCAGGAGUGGGACGGCCUGGUCAGAAUAGCUUUCGUGAGGAAGAACAAAACACUCAGUGCAGCUUUCAAGUCGACUGCUGUGGAACAGCUGCUGGAAAAGAACUACCGAAUCCACUGCUCUGUGCACAGUGUGGAAGUUCCGACAGACUUCAGCAUCACCAAGAAGAUCGAGAGCGUGUUGCAGGAGGUAGAUUUCUGUGAGAAGAGAGCCAGGUCCAUGGAUAUCGAUGACUUCAUGGUACUGCUGCACGCGUUCAACUCCGCAGGAAUCCACUUUUCUUAAAUGGUAGAGGGAAGUGAAGCUGUAUGACUCCAGCCUUUCUGAUGGGGGGGUGAAGUUAGCAGUCCUGUGAGUGGGAAGAAAAGAGACUCUGACUUCUCGUUCUUCUUGUGGAGAUUUGCUUGGAGGAACUGAAUUUCCCACAUUGAAACACUUGGAUGAAAUAUACAAAGAAUAUGUAGAGGAAACAUUUAAAGAGCUCAUAUUGAGUUUUUUACCUUCAUGACUUUCACUGGGACAACUUUUGGCUGAUGGAGGCUGUAUAAGCUGUGUGUGUGCGUGAAUUUGUCAUCCAUCAAAAAUAAUUUGUAAUUAUUCUAAUCAAAAAUCAGUCUGAACUUCUUCAAAACGGCCUUAUUGGAGAAGGUGAGUAUUGGAGCCACAUUGAAGAGAAAAGGUUCAAGAGAUUUCAAGAAUUGAGUCAUAAUAUUACUUGAAUUAUGUCAUAAUUUAAUGAGUUUCAAUUCCUGAUAUUUCAAGAAAUGAAGAGAAGCAGUAAGGUAACUCGUGCUAAAGUUGAUACUCCCUGUCUAAAAUGACUUUAUACUUAUAUUUCUUAUAAUAUUUUGUUUCCGUAGUAUUAUGACUAUUCUCAAUCUGAAUGUUUUGUCACCUUUAUGUGGCCCUAAUACUCCGUACUGUACUCUGUCGUUUAAUGCUGUAUGAGCAGUAACUCACAAUAAAUUAAGAUUGUCCACAAGUUA